AUGUCAACUCAUGACAACGCGGACCCUCAGUCAGAAUCGGUUGCCGAUGCAGUUACUGCGAUGAAACUGGAGCAGCCCGACCAUUCUACCGAUGCUCCGAUUCCAAACGGCGGAGGGGCCACGAUGAAGCCCGAAGUUCAAAUCGCGUCGCCAGAGCCCGCAAUAAAGGACGAACGGGCGACCCCAUCCUUAGCGAAAUCGCGAUCCUCCUCACAAACGCCGGUCAAGAAAGAAACUUCAGAUGAGGCGGACGUAAAGGAAGGGGUUGAGGACGAUGCGUCCGGUACAGAAAGGGUUGGAGGAGGCAUCUCAGUCAAAUUGGAGCCAGGACAGCCUCCCAAGUUGGCUCGUAGCUCCUCACAAAAAGUUGUUUCGCGACCGCUACAGCUUUUCCUGAACUUGCCGGAUAGUACGAAGGAAGCACAGAACACAUUUGAGGUGAUCGAAUCGUGUCAGUAUGCUAAUAAAUACAUGGGCUAUACUGAGCAUGCUAUGGAGUGUGAUUGUGCGGAAGAAUGGGAUUCGGCCAGUUCAAUCAAUCGAGCGUGUGGAGAGGACUCGGACUGCAUCAAUCGUGCGACGAAGAUUGAAUGUAUGGGUGACUGUGGGUGUGGGUCAGACUGUCAGAACCAACGAUUCCAGCGAAAAGAAUAUGCCAACGUGGCUGUCAUCAAGACUGAGAAGAAGGGUUAUGGACUACGUGCGGAAGAGGACCUGCGACCGCAUCAGUUCAUCUUCGAGUACGUUGGAGAAGUUAUCAACGAGGGUCCAUUCCACCGCCGCAUGAGGCAGUAUGAUUCGGAAGGGAUUAAACAUUUCUAUUUUAUGUCCCUCAGCAAGGGCGAGUUCGUGGAUGCGACCAAAAAGGGCAAUCUCGGACGUUUCUGCAACCAUUCGUGCAACCCCAAUUGUUAUGUCGAUAAGUGGGUUGUCGGAGAGAAGCUUCGCAUGGGUAUUUUUGCUGAACGACACAUUCAAGCGGGCGAGGAAUUGGUUUUCAACUAUAACGUGGAUCGAUACGGUGCAGACCCCCAACCGUGUUACUGCGGUGAACCCAAUUGCACUGGCUUCAUAGGCGGCAAGACCCAAACAGAGCGGGCCACGAAACUGUCCAACGCGACGAUCGAAGCAUUGGGCAUUGAAGAUGCCGAUGGGUGGGAUACUGCCGUGGCAAAGCGGCCGCGGAAGAAGAAGAUGGGCGAGGAUGACGAAGAAUAUGUGGACAGCGUGCAACCCAAGUCGUUGGACGAGGGCGGCGUCACGAAGGUCAUGGCGGCUCUUAUGCAAUGUAAGGAAAAAUGGAUUGCAGUCAAGCUUUUGGGCCGCAUCCAGCGCUGCGAUGAUGAACGGGUGCGCAACAGGGUGGUGAAGAUGCACGGUUAUCAGAUUCUCAACUCUCAACUCGCCAUGUGGAAGGAGGAUUUCAAUGUUGUGCUACAGAUCUUAGACAUUUUGGACAAGUUUCCCCGUCUAACGCGGAAUAAGAUCAUUGACUCCAAGAUCGAGUCGACAAUCCAACCGCUGACCAGCUGUGGGGAUGAAAGAGUCGAGCAGAAAGCCACGGUUCUCCUACAACUUUGGUCGACCUUGGAGGUUGGCUAUCGAAUACCCCGUAUGAAGCGGGAUCCCAACGCCGCUACGCCGACCGUUAGCCAGUUCCACCGACGGGAGAACAUCUCAGACGAUCGGCAGCAACGGCCUAGAUCACGAUCAAGGUCCAGGUCAAUCGAGGCUCCUCGAGGACCAGCAGCGCAGAAACGCGGCGGCCAGGGUCCAAGGAACCCACACCACCAGGGCCCUCGCCCGUUUCGACGGCGUUUCGACCCUCUUCCGCAAGGAUGGUUUGCGGCCGAGUCCAACGGCCGAACAUAUUACUAUUCAGCUCGGGGAGAUACUACCUGGACGCGGCCGACGAAGCCGGCUCCACAGCCGCCACCACCGCCGAAAGAGUCGAGAGACAAAGCGCUUCAGAGUAUCAUUGAUGGUAUCAUGAACGCAAAGGAGCAGACGCCCAAGGAGAAGUCCGGCACACCUGCCACGCCUCAGCCAUCCAAGCCCACGCCAGAGGGCAAGGACGGGCAGGAGAAAUGGAGAAACUACAGUGAAGAGAAGCAGAAAAAGCUUUACGAAAACACUGUCGCUAAAAAGCUAGUUAACUCGGAUUUCAAAAACAACCGGGUGACGGAUCCUACCAAGAUUGAUGAUAAACAGCAGAAAAAGGUGAAAAAGUUCUGCAAAGAAUUCUUUGACAAGGCCGUCGUGAAGCACCAGGCGCACGAGAUGCACAAAGCUGAGAAGCUCGCCAAAGAAGGCAGUGCAGAUGAUAAACCUGCAACGCCAGCAGCUGGCCAAAGCGAGGGCGACGAAGGGACACCAGAUGUGAAGAUGUCGGACGACGAAGGUAGCACUGAUAGGGGAGGAUUCGGUGGUCUCAAACGGAAACGAGACGACCUCAACGUGGGUAAUGCGGACACUCCAGAUGAUACGCCGACUUCGUCUACAAAACGCCAGCGAUCAUCAACACCACCGCCCCCUCCACCUGUCAUGAGCCCCAACGCGAACGACAAUGAUGACAUGAGCGUUAGAAGCGACGAGCCAGACGACGCCGACGCCGACGCCGACGAGGUCGUUCUGGUUGGUAACCCAACACCACCUCCUCCCCCACCUCCACCUCCACAAGAGGACAUCGAUAUUCCAGACGCAGAUGCAGACACAAAUGGGCACGAUUUCGAGGGAUACACCAAAAUCAAUCAAACCUCCCAGGCUCAGAUCGGCAUCCAGGGCAAUGUAUAG